AUGGGGUGGAUUGAUGCCCUACUUGUUGCCAACAUUUAUGGUUUACUCAGUCUGGAUGAGCUCCACAUCUCCAUUGCUCUCAAAGUGGGAUCCAAUGUUUGUGGGGGUCUGAGAUGUUGUGGUAGGCCCCUCAACUUCACAGGCCUUCAAGCUUUGUUCUGCAGCCUAAAUGCUGGUUGUUUCAUUCGUCACACUGAGCUAAACUUAAUCAUUAAGCAGGCUCUGGCUCAGGUUAAUAUCCCCUCAGUUCUGGAGCUGGCAGGAUUAUCCAGAAGUGUUACUCUUGGUCCCUGGAUGAUUCCAUACGUUGUAUUAUUUCUGCUGGUGCUUUGCUCAUUGGCUGAGGGUGGUGAAAGGAAAACUGUUGAACACUAUUUAAACCGAUGCUUGGAUGGAAUACAUCAUAAACAGAAACCUGGUCCUGAAGGAUCUCUCUAUAACCAGUGUUCUCCAUGGAAGAAAUCGUCUUGUUGUCAGGCAAAUGUAACUGAAAAAGUUCAUAAAGAGACUUUGUACAAAUUUAAUUUUCAUCACUGCAAGAAACUUUCAAAACGUUGUUUACAACAUUUCAUCCAAGAUUUGUGCUUCUAUCAGUGUACACCAAAUGGUGGACCAUGGAUUCAUAAGGAAUCCAACAUGAAAAUACGAAAAGAAAGAUAUUUUGAACUUCCACUGUGUCAAGAUACUUGUGGAGAGUGGUGGGAUAGCUGUAAAGAUGAUGAAACUUGCAGUGAAAAUUGGAUGCGAGGUUUCAAUUGGACAACAGAAACGAAUACUUGCAUAACUGGAAGUAAAUGUCAAAAAAUUUCAGAGGUAUUUAAGACAUCUACUAACUUUUGUGAAAAGGUUUGGGAUCAUUCAUGGAAAGUAGUUUCUCAAAAACCUUGUUUUGUUCUUUGGUUUGAUGAAAAGAAUGGAAAUCCAAACAAUCAAGUAGCUUUUACAAAAGCUUAUGAAUUAACAUCUGAAGCUUCUUAUCUAAAAUCUUACAGCUAUUCAUUAGCUUUUAUGAUAGUGUAUAAUUUUAUUUCUGCCUUUGUUUUGCAAUAUUCAUAUUGUGAUAUUUUGUGAUGAAAGAAAUACUGUUGUACUUUCAUGGUGAAGGAUGACAGGCAAAAUUCACUAUAAAUCAAAUAACCAAUGCUAUUAGUAUAUCCCAUUAGAGAGUUAUUCUACAUGACAAACUUAGCAUAACGAAUGUUUCUGCUUAGUGGAUGCCACAUUUGACAACUGAGGGUCAGCUGUAAAGUGCAUAGACUGAUCAAGAUACUCGCAUGCAAUGCGACCAAUGAGGUUUAUUUUUUAACAAGACCUUUUGCAGUCCCCUCACAUCUAUCACUGUUGCAGUGCUUGGAUUCAAUUGGUUAAAAAGUGUCAUCACCAGUAGAUAUGACAUCAUCACCACUGCAAUACUGGUUCCCAGCCAGGUGCUUUUUCAUGUUGGGGAACAAGUAAUGGUCAGAUAGGACCAAAUCAGGAGAACAGGGAGUGUGAUCAGCCAGUUCAAAGCAACAGUCAUGCACAGCAACCAUUGAAAGGAAAGACUUGUGUACUCCAUUUACAAGGCUUUGAUUGGUUUGGGACUAUCUUUGGAAGUAGCAAGACUCCUUUCAUCAGUUUUCCUGGGUGUUUGGUCUUGAUAGCCUUUUGUAACUGCCUUAGCAAACUGAAAUAGUAUUCUUCAUUGAUGGUGUGGUUGUUUUGAAGAUAAUAAACACAAUUCCUUUCUCAUCCCAAAAAACUGAGGCCAUCACAUUCUCUGCAGAUAAAAUUACCUCUGCCUUUUCUAGAGCAGGUGAGUAAGGGUGUUUCCACUGCAUGUAUUGUCUGUUUAUCUCUGACUGAAAGUGAUAAGCCAACACUCAUCCUGUGUUAGGUAAUGUUCAACGAAACCAGCUGGAUUUGCCUUGAACAAUAUCAAAUUUUCUUGUGAUAUGAUCAGUCUGGUGCACUUUUGAUCAGGUGUCAGAUGUGGCAUCCACUAAGCAGAAACAUUCAUCAUGCCAAGUUUGUUGUGUAGAAUAACUCUCUAAUGGGAUAUGCUAAUAGUAUUGGCUAUUUGAUUUAUAGUGAAUUGCCUGUCAUCCUUCACCAUGUGAUGAACAUGAUGAAUGUUUUCUUUGGUGAUGGUAGUUAUAGGAUGUCCAGACCUUGGGUCAUCUUCAAGACUCUCCCUUCUCCUCCUAAGUUCAGCUGCCCACUUUUGUACUGUUGAUAAAGGUGGAGCAGCAUUCCAUAAUGUAGCAACCAUGUCACUAUAUAUGCCCUAGGGAUCUAAACCCUUUUUUCUACUGGUUCUUGAUAACACCAUGAAUUCAAAUUUUGUCUAUCUUCAAGUGAAGUCACUACUAAUUACUUUUGAAGUUUUCUUUGAACAAUGAGAUGUUAGUUAACUUGGAAACAAACAAUGUAGUUAUUAAGAAGGAGAAGUGACAUUAAUGCAGGCAACAUUUCACAGCUCUAGCAUACUCAGCCUAAGAACGUUUCAGCCCACCCUUGUAGUUAUUUAAUUAUAAUAGCAAUUUAAGUAAUAACAGCUCAUAACCUUAUUGAUAGGGAUAUAUCCCUUAACAACCAAAGAAGAAGUGAAUGAUAGUAGGGAGACGGUGUCAGAGACAUCAUCUUUCAAUAAGAUCAAAGAGUGUGACAAAUGAACUUUUACAAGUUAUUUAAUUUAACUAAACAUAAAACUGAAGUGAAAUAUAACCAGUGUGUGUUUCAUUUAGUAGUAUGAUCCUCCAACACUAUAAAAAUGUAAUAAUUCUAUGCUUUUAAAACUAGAUUAUAUUUUCCUUAUAAAAUUACCUGAAAUUUUGUAUUUUUCAAAUGAAUAAAGUUAUUUUUUAAUACUUUU